AUAGUAUGCAGAGACAUUUUUGUCAAUAUAAGUGGAAAUAUCAAGAAAGAACAUUUACAAGAGUUAUAAAUAAAAUAUUGAAAGUUAUGUAAAGUAAUUUUAAAAGUAAAAUACCAUUAAAAACCAUGACUAUUGAUAGGAUAAACAUAGAUUGGGGUGUGUACCACAUGAUAAGAGAUUUUUAGGAGGGCUUCAGCUGCAAAGGGUUGAUAACCACAGCUCUAGUAUUUUACAGUCAGCAAGCACACAUGAGUAUUUGGUUAAACCGAAACAACAAAUAAUUUUGACCAUCCAGUUGUGCCAUUAAGUUUAAGCGAAAUAGUGUUAAUAAAUGUGUUUUCACUUGAAACAAUAUCAUAAAGCUUGGUUUACAUGUUGAAAUAGCAAACCAUUCUUAAUGGAAAGGAAGCCCCCAUACCCACUGUACAGUUUUUACAUUCAUCACAUUUUUCACCAAUGGUGAGUUUGCAGGUAUGUGCUAAAUAACAACAGACAAUAUAACAUUAAACGCAAAUGGUAUACUGAUGUGUCCUUCAAAAUUAUCUGCUUUACCGAGACAACACAGUUGGUCUUUAAAGAUAAAAAACUUCAUUUGCCUCGUGAAGAACGUUGAACUACUGUAUCUACUGUAUGUGUUUUUCAAUGCGGUUGCAGCAGAAAUGGAUUAUUUACUUUAAGACAGCACAUCACAACAGGAAGAAAGAGAAAACAUCAAGUAAAGGUUUAUGAUAUCUUGUUGACGGGACUACAAAUAUUUCGAGAGAGAGGCAGCCAAAAUAAUUUUCAUACCGACUUCAGAAGAUGCCCACAUUGCAAGCAAUUUUAAAGAACUUGGACACAUUUUUGAAGAACUUUCCAGUUUUCAGCUCUUUUCCAUUCGCUCUUUUGUUAAUUGGAUUGGAAGAGUUGAUUGAAUUGAACUUCUCAUGUCCAUGCAAAUAUGAGCUGAAUAAAUAUCUAACGGCAUUCAUCUUCACUGGACCUCCUCUGUUUGCAUUUACAAUGAUGUUCAUCGCGUUAAGACCCUGUAACUAUGGAUGGUGUUUAAUAAAUAAAGCCAAAGAUGAUCAGCAAAUUUCUGCUAAACGAAAUAAAGCCGGAGAUGAUCAGCAAACUUCUGCUAGAGCAAAAAAAGGCGGAGAUGAUCAGCAAACUUCUGCUAGAGCAAAAAAAGGCGGAGAUGAUCAGCAGGGUUAUACCAAUGCAAAUAAAGCCGGAGAUGAUCAGCUAAGAUAUGCUAGUGCAAAUAAGGCCGGAGAUGAUCAGCUAAGUUCUGCUAAAGCAAGUAAAGGUGGAAAUGAUCAGUUAAGUUCUGCUAAAGCAAGUAAAGCUGGAGAUGAUCGGCUAAGUUCUGCUAAAGCAAGUAAAGCCGGAGAUGAUCGCCAAAGUUCUGCUAAAGCAAGUAAACCUGGAGAUGAUCAGCUAAGUUCUGCUAAAGCAAGUAAAGGUGGAAAUGAUCAGUUAAGUUCUGCUAAAGCAAGUAAAGCUGGAGAUGAUCGGCUAAGUUCUGCUAAAGCAAGUAAAGCUGGAGAUGAUCGCCAAAGUUCUGCUAAAGCAAGUAAAGCUGGAGAUGAUCGGCUAAGUUCUGCUAAAGCAAGUGAAGGCGGAGAUGAUCAGCAUACUUCUGCAAAAGCGAAUAAAGCCGGAGAUGAUCAGCAAAGUUUUGCUAAAGUGAAUGAGAACAAAGAUUAUCAUCAGAAUUGUUGGAAAGCUUUGGGACAUUGUCUGAUUCCUCCUGUUAUGUGGAUCAUCACUGCAUUAAUUGAUGGUGAUUAUGUGGCUUGUGGCUUGACAAAGUGGAAAGGAACUUUUGUAUAUGAUAAAGAAUUAAAUAGAGCAUGGUGCAAACCCAUCGAAUCGGCCAAUGCAGGAAACCAGACUGAUCUGCGGUACGAGUAUCAGGGGUAUAUCAGCAUAUCUAUGACUUUAGGUUAUGCAAUGCUUGCUGUCUUUAGUGUUGUUACUGUUUUCUUGAUGAGUAUGUAUGACUGCUUCAAAAGUGGCAAAUGUGACUACUGCAGAGGAACACAGAGGGUUCAGCAAGAUGUGGAACAGGGUUACAGACAAGAGUCUACACAACUUUAGCGAAACUGAUCUGACCCUGACACCCUCAGAACUUUAGAAGAAACCACUGAAUAACUUUAAAUAAUUAUAUAAUAAUUGGGGAGCAGCUACAUUCGUCAUGAGGAAGAGAGGGCCAGAGAGACCAUAGGGGCCAAGGUUCACUGGUUUAGCUGGGGUGGACUUCGAUGGCACGGGCUCCUUCCUUUUUUCUACCGGUCCCUUAUAGAAAGAGCAGCCCCGGAUGUCCUGCUGAUUCACUGCGGCGGGAACGACUUGGGAUGCAGGAAGAGCAUCGAACUCGUCGCAGCAAUGAAGCAGGAUCUGCAACAUCUCUAUCAGCGUUUCCCUCAGAUGGUCAUCUUGCUGUCUGACAUCACUCAGAGACGUCGGUGGAGAUCGGGACGUCCGGGGAAAAUUUACAAGUUCCGUAAAUGUGUAAAUAGUGUCAUGGCUACCUUUGUCUUGGAUAUGCAGGGGGUAUCGUGCAUCACCCUCAAAUUGUAUUUAACAAGCCUCAACUGUUUUUUAGGGACAAAGUUCACUGCUCUUUCUCCCCCCACCCUUUCUCCAUUUGUGUACCACCAUAGCCAUCCACCCCAUGGCCUCUCUCUUUUCUUCCCCACGACAAAUGUAGCUAGAAGGGAUAGUUUUUUUUUUUACUUUUUAUUGUUUUUUUUUUAGAUUUUUUUAAAUUUGUGUUUAUGGUAUAUAAAAUAAAGAAAUAUUUAUUUAACAAAUGAUUCAAUAUUUAUUAUGAAAAAACACAGUAGACAUUUUAAGUAGACAUACUUUGACAGAAAUGUCAUGUGGUUUUAUUACUUAUGGUUUAGAACUUCGUAAUGAUACAAAUUCAAAGUCAGUGGCCUGCCGAAUAUUGAUAACGGAGGUGAUACCUCAAGACACCUUUAGAUUAGAUUUAUCUUUAUUGUCAAUGUGUAGCAUACAAGUACAGAGACAAUACAAUGCAGUUACAAUAAGAGCACAAACAGGCUCCUUACCAUCUUUCCUUCCUUCCUCCACAUGGGAUUGGAGGGCAGCGAAUGAUGCCUCUGUAAAGCCUGGGUCUGCAGGAAUGCUGCUGUACCAAGACCUGAUUGUUCGAGGAUGAGGCAGAACACAAUCAAAGCUAGCACAAACAAACUGGUAAGCUUUUGCAGAGAACAAAUGGAGAGUCAUGGCAACAGAUCUCAAAUUAUCAGAGAUUCUAGAAGAUUUAGUCGUGCCCUUGUAAGAAUUUCUUUAGUAGCAUCUCUAAACGAAGACUCCAGCAUAUCACCACAGCUGGUGGAAGCAAGCAGCUUCUCUUUCAGAUCAGUGACAAGAGAGAGACUUCACUUUCAGUCUUCUUACUCUCUGGUCUUGAAGCUUCAAUUUUUUCUUGCAAGAACCCAAGCUACUUUGAACAAAUGCCACCUUCCUCUUUAGAGGACUGGGGGAGUUUUUCAGUGUGUAUGCACCAUGAUCUGCAGAAUGGCUAUGGCUGCAGCUGGCUACACUCACCUCGACCGUCUGUGGUUUACUGUGAGGGCAACUGAUGUAAUCAUGGUCAUGACUGAAGUUUCUGCAUUUACCAACUUGUGUGUCAGAGUCAGUCUUACUAACGGUUGUGUUUUUACUGACUUUAGUGUGCCUCACCUCGACCUUCACCCGGCAAUGGGGUAGAAGAUGGUUAGCACCGUGUCUGGUUUAAGGGUGUUUCCUACCCGGACAAGGAUGGAACAGUCCCGUGUGAAGUGAAGGGAGCAGAAGCAACAACGCUUGUUUGGUGUCCAGCUCUUUCUCUUGACAUUGUGUAUCCACUGCUGCAACAUGUCUUUAUCAUUGAAGGGGAACCUGACAGGGAAAAAAAGCAUAUCACAUUGUUCAAGAAAAUGAAUUAAAUGGAAAUUAAUAUAAUUUACAAUUAAAUGAAUGUCAUGUCAUUCAUUUCACCAAAUUAAUUUAAUGGAAAUAAAAACAAAGGGAUCUCACUGGCACUGCCCCCACCCCAGUUGAGAAUCAAUUGCAGUGACAAUACAUAACCGAAUCUGCUUCACCUUUGACUACAAGGUUUGUCUUUA